GCGUCCCGCCCCUCCACCUGGGGCUCGGCCCCGGCAGAUGUUACAACUUUUUCGAAUUCUCUCCCGCGGUGUCUCCUCAGACCCGCCCAACCCGUGCCUCCCUCCCCUUCCCCUCUGGGGUCCUGCCCACCGCCCCGCGGGGAGCCCGACUGUUCUCGGACUCCAGGCGGGGCGAGAGGCCGGGAAAGCAGAGGCGAGAGAAAUUAGGAGGCGGGAGAAAUCCAGGGCAAGAAGGAAGAGGAGAGUCAGAGGAUGGUGGGGAGCACGUUUUGGAAGCCGCCACGCCGCGUCUCCGGCUGUCCGGGCUGAGCUGGGGGAGAGGGGGCGAGGGCGGCGCAGGGCGGGCGCGCAGGUAGCGGGAGGCCGCUCCGCGCGGGCCUGACCUCCCCAGAGCGCCCCGCUGCGGCCGCGCACGUCCGGCCCCGCCGUCCGGCCGCCGGUCCCGGACCAGACUCUGGGCCGCCCCCGGGAGCGCUGAGCACUCUCGCAGCAUCCAGGCGGGCGGGCGGGCCGUGCGCCCUGGGCGCGCGAGGUGGUGAGGCCCCGGGAGCCCUGCGCGCCGGGACGCGCGGGCCGGCUUGGCGAUGCACGCCCUCAGCGGCUUCUCUCUGGUCAGCCUGCUCAGCUUCGGCUACCUGUCCUGGGACUGGGCCAAGCCGAGCCUCGUGGCCGACGGGCCCGGGGAGGCCGGCGAGCAGCCCUCGGCCCCUCCACCCCAGCCUCCCCACAUCAUCUUCAUCCUCACCGACGACCAGGGCUACCACGACGUGGGCUACCAUGGUUCGGAUAUCGAGACCCCUACGCUGGACCGGCUGGCGGCCGAGGGUGUCAAGUUGGAGAAUUAUUACAUCCAGCCCAUCUGCACGCCUUCGCGGAGCCAGCUCCUCACUGGCAGGUACCAGAUCCACACAGGGCUCCAGCAUUCCAUCAUCCGCCCACGGCAGCCCAACUGCCUGCCCCUGGACCAGGUGACACUGCCCCAGAAGCUGCAGGAGGCAGGUUACUCCACCCACAUGGUGGGCAAGUGGCACCUGGGCUUCUACCGGAAGGAGUGUUUACCCACCCGCCGGGGCUUUGACACCUUCCUGGGCUCGCUCACGGGCAACGUGGACUACUACACCUAUGACAACUGCGAUGGCCCGGGGGUGUGCGGCUUUGACCUGCACGAGGGCGAGAGCGUGGCCUGGGGGCUCAGCGGCCAGUACUCUACUAUGCUCUAUGCCCAGCGCGCCAGCCACAUCCUGGCCAGCCACAGCCCCCAGCGGCCCCUCUUCCUCUAUGUGGCCUUCCAGGCAGUGCACACACCCCUGCAGUCCCCCCGUGAGUACCUGUACCGCUACCGCACCAUGGGCAACGUGGCCCGGCGGAAGUACGCAGCCAUGGUGACCUGCAUGGAUGAGGCUGUGCACAACAUCACCGGGGCCCUCAAGCGCUAUGGCUUCUACAACAACAGCGUCAUCAUCUUCUCCAGUGAUAAUGGCGGCCAGACUUUCUCGGGGGGCAGCAACUGGCCGCUCCGAGGACGCAAGGGUACCUACUGGGAAGGCGGCGUGCGGGGCCUGGGCUUCGUGCAUAGCCCCCUGCUCAAGCGAAAGCGACGGACAAGCCGGGCCCUGGUGCACAUCACUGACUGGUACCCGACCCUGGUGGGUCUGGCAGGUGGCACCGCCUCAGCAGCCGACGGGCUAGAUGGCUAUGACGUAUGGCCAGCCAUCAGCGAGGGCCGCGCCUCGCCGCGCACGGAGAUCCUGCACAACAUCGACCCACUCUACAACCACGCCCGGCACGGCUCCCUGGAGGGCGGCUUCGGCAUCUGGAACACCGCCGUGCAGGCCGCCAUCCGCGUGGGCGAGUGGAAGCUGCUGACGGGAGACCCCGGCUAUGGCGAUUGGAUCCCGCCACAGACUCUGGCCGCCUUCCCUGGCAGCUGGUGGAACCUGGAGCGAAUGGCCAGUGUCCGCCAGGCCGUAUGGCUCUUCAACAUCAGUGCUGACCCUUACGAACGGGAGGACCUGGCCGGCCAGCGGCCUGAUGUGGUCCGUACCCUGCUGGCCCGCCUGGCCGACUAUAACCGCACAGCCAUCCCCGUGCGCUACCCAGCUGAGAACCCCCGGGCCCAUCCUGACUUUAAUGGGGGUGCUUGGGGACCCUGGGCCAGCGAUGAAGAAGAAGAAGAAGAGGAAGAAGGGGAAGGCAGGGCUCGAAGCUUCUCCCGGGGUCGCCGCAAGAAAAAAUGCAAGAUCUGCAAGCUUCGAUCCUUUUUCCGUAAACUCAACACCAGGCUGAUGUCCCAUCGGAUCUGAUGGGGGGCAGAGCGGGGAUCUCUGUUCCCCACGUGUUUUUCCCCACUCAGGC